AUGUUAAGGUUAAAAAUGGUAAAUGAAGAGAAGGAGCUUAUGAGUUAUCAUGAAUAUAAAAGGAGGGUAAAGAAAAUCACAGAGGAGUUAAAAAGAGAAAAAAAAAAGACCAUAAACAAAAGUAAAAAGAGCGAAAAUUUAUUAAAGCUUGAAGAAGAAUUAAAUCGGUUGAUCGUACUUUACAAUAACAAGGGAAGUAAUAAUAAUAAGAGGGGUGAAGGUGAAGAGGAGAAAGAGGAAAUUGAAAAGGAUAACAAUUUAUCAUUUACCGAUAAUUUAUAUUCAUAUAAUGAAAUAUCUAAAAAGAUGUUAAAAAAUAAGAAAAAAACGCAACUGAAGGAAUUAGAGGAAGAACUAAAUGAAAAAUCAAAAAAUAAAAUUGGUGAAGUAGAAUAUAAUGAAUUAUUAGAAAUAUUAAAAAAAUUAAACAAGACGAUUUAUUCUAUAGCUCCUGAUGGAAACUGUUUAUAUGAAUCAAUUUUACAUCAACUUAGACAAAGAAGGACAAAUAAUUAUGAAUUUAGUAGAAGGGACUUUUUAAAUCAAUUAAGUGAAGAUAAUUUUUCAUUAGAAAAAGUUGAUUUGAAAAAUUAUGAAAACAAAAAAAAUUUUGACUUUACUAUUUUUACAGAUAUUAAUCCAUACGAUUUGAACAGCGAAAUUCUAAGAUUCCUUACGGCUAUAUACAUAUUGCAAAAUGAGGAAAUAUUUAAAUAUUUUAUUUACAAUGAGGAUGAUUACGCUGAUAAUGAUGUGUAUUUUAGUUAUUGUCAAGGAAUUACCAACGGGGUUUACGGGAGUGAAAUUGAAAUAAAAGCUCUCUCGAAUAUACUACAAAAGAAAAUUACCGUCUUUGACACAAACAUGAACAUAUCAUACGGAGAGGAUUAUGAAAAGGAAUUAUUUAUAUGCUUUCACCACAAUUUAUAUGCACUAGGAAAGCAUUACAACUCAGUUAUUGAUCUUCAAACGUAA